AUGGAAAGAUUAGAUAAAAAGCGGAAACUGAAAUCAUUCGAUGAACUUUUCGCUGGAAAUGACGUAAAUAAAGUAAAAGAAGCUAAGAUAGACGAUAUUAAGACAGCUGAUAUACGCUGGUUAGCGCUGGGCGCGAGUGGUACAAUAGUAGAUAAAGACUCAGAUCGCGCCUAUUACUGGCCAGUCAAAGCAAUAGACGACGAUGAAGUUGAACUGUUCGGUGAUGAUGGGCAUGGCUUCCAACGUAGGAUCAAUGUAGACAACAACAAAUUAGAGAAAUUUAAGAAUCUACAAACUAAUGCACCAAGGUAUACCACGAAAUCUACAGAUAGUCCAUUCUUUUACCCGAGUUUUUCACCGUCAUCGACAUUGGUAGAUGCAUUCAAAGCUGCUGUGAAGAGCGCAGAAAUCGAUGAUGAUGAGAAUGACGAUGAGCUUCCAGAUGUCAGCAUUGCACACCAUUUCUCACCGCCGGUUAGCCAGCUGACCACACUCACGGAAUCGCCGACCAGUUCCCAGCAGACGCUGCAAGUUGGUGCGGGUGUUAGCUUACCAGAUCCAGAUAUCGAUAUCCAAGGAAAGGAAGGUGUGCUGGCGAAAUACACCAAGUCUUCCGAUAUACGUUGGCCAGCGAGAGUGAUCGCAUUCAACGACCCACAUUAUACCGUAGAAUUCAACGACUGCAUAAAGAAGAAAAUACCACGGGAUUGGUUUUACACGUCCGCCGAGAAAGGAUUUCGAAGCUGUGAGGUUGGUCAAUUGGAAAUUAUACCACAAAAGAGAAAACGUCUAUCACAGAAUCACACACUCCCAGAGGUCAUUCCCCCUGUGGAAGAGUUUUCUAAACUUGAUAUUGACAUGCAAGUGCGACUUUGUCUACCAAUCGUAGAUGACAUCAUAAACGAGAAAUAUAAACCUGCGCUGAAGAAGCACAAUCAAUUCAUAAAGGGAGGCGAAUGUCGUAAGCAUAUCACCCAAAAUGUCUGUUACGGUGUUUUUAGCAGUCAUCGGGAUGAUAUAGUUGAAUUGAUUAGGGAUUAUUUGAAGCCAGGAGAGCAAAACAGAGAAUCUAGGCCCACAGGAGCAGAAUCCUAUGAACAGCUUUCAUCCUCCGAGAGGGUGGCUUAUAUGCUUGACGUCUUAUUUCCAGAGGUACUACUCCAAGUAAUCAUACACUCUGAAGGGUUAAACAAAGGUAAUGAGGAGGAUUAUAACAAAGCAAAUGCCAUACUCAGGCGCGAAUCAAUCGAUAGAGAUUGGAUAGAUAGGAUAUACGCUCAGAGACAGUUUCUUGAUGAAACAAAAAAGGUGGAAGAAGAACCAGAACAACUGUACUUUGUAUCAGGCAGGCCGCAACGGAAUAAAUUAGUAAGACGGUGA